AUGGCUCCUCACGCUGAAGGUGACAAUAUGUCUGCCAAUGGACGGCAGCAUGUUGCGUCAAGCGGCUUGCCGAAGCCGUCGUUUACCGUAAAGUCUCCGAAUGUCAGCUAUACCGAGAACGAAAUCAAAAGUAAAUACACCUAUCGUACAACUUCUGUUACUCGAAGUGCCGAUGGUGGGUUCGAAGCUACUCCCAAGGAGACUGUCUAUGACUUCAAAGUGGAGAGGAAGGUCCCCAAGGUUGGAAUGAUGCUUGUUGGCUGGGGCGGCAACAAUGGCACCACAGUCACUGCAGGUAUCCUUGCGAACCGCCGAGGUCUGGUCUGGGAUACUCGUGAGGGCAAACAGGCGGCCAAUUACUAUGGCUCAGUUGUCAUGGGUUCCACGAUCAAGCUUGGCACCGACGCGAAGACCGGCCAAGAGAUCAACAUUCCUUUCCAUGAUGUUCUACCCAUGGUCCACCCCAAUGAUCUUGUCAUUGGAGGUUGGGAUAUCAGCAGCGUCAACCUUGCGGAUUCAAUGGACAGAGCGGCUGUCUUGGAGCCGACUUUGAAGAGCUUGGUGAGGAAGGAAAUGGCCGACAUGAAGCCUCUUCCCAGCAUCUACUAUCCGGAUUUCAUUGCUGCCAAUCAGGAAGACCGUGCCGACAAUGUUGUUGAGGGCUCAAAGGCAUGCUGGGCGCAUGUUGAGCAGAUUCGCAAGGACAUUCGCGAUUUCAAAGCGAAGAAUGGCCUCGACAAAGUCAUUGUUCAAUGGACUGCAAACACAGAACGUUAUGCCGACAUUGUUGAGGGUGUCAACGACACCGCCGACAACCUCCUGAAGGCGAUUAAGUCCGGACACGAAGAGGUGGCUCCUUCCACUAUUUUCGCCGUCGCUUGUAUUUUGGAGGGCGAGCCCUUCAUCAACGGCUCUCCGCAAAAUACAUUCGUGCCUGGAGCGCUUCAGCUUGCCGAGAAAUAUGGUGCAUUCAUUGGCGGAGAUGACUUUAAGUCUGGCCAGACCAAGAUGAAGUCUGCGCUCGUCGAUUUCCUGAUCAAUGCCGGCAUCAAGUUGACUUCAAUUGCAAGCUACAACCAUCUGGGUAACAAUGACGGCAAAAAUCUCAGUUCUCAGCGCCAAUUUCGUUCAAAGGAAAUCUCCAAGAGUAAUGUGGUUGACGACAUGGUUGCCGCCAAUACCGUUCUGUACAAGGAGAAUGAGCAUCCAGACCACACCGUCGUGAUCAAAUACAUGCCUGCUGUUGGCGACAACAAGCGUGCCUUGGAUGAAUAUUACGCCGAGAUUUUCAUGGGUGGUCAUCAGACCAUUAGCAUUUUCAAUGUCUGUGAAGAUUCGCUUUUGGCGUCUCCCUUGAUUAUCGACUUGGUUCUCAUCGCCGAGAUGAUGACCCGGAUCACAUGGAGAAUCCAUGGACCCGAGGGCCCUUCGUCUGCUGAGUACAAGGGCUUCCACAGCGUUCUCAGUAUUCUGAGCUACAUGCUAAAGGCCCCUCUCACCCCUCCCGGCACCCCGGUUGUCAAUGCCCUUGGCAAGCAGCGUGGCGCGUUGACCAACAUCUUCCGUGCAUGCGUGGGCCUUGAGCCGGAAUCUGACAUGACUCUGGAGCACAAGCUCUUUUAG